AGAAAUCGCAGUCAUUCUUGUGAGAAUACCGCUAAACCAAUGUCCGUUUGCUUCUCACCGUCAGCUCACAAAUCAGCCGCUCAAAGGCUUGUCGCGAGUCCAAUUCCUCUCACACGCACAGGAAACCCCAAAUUCUCCAACUUGCGCCUUCCAUUUGGAAAGGUAAAACUUCCUCAUGUGAAGAAACAAGCCUCCUAUAUUUUAGAACUUGAUGGCGACGAUAACGCCGGGAGCGAGCUGGCAAGUGAAGCCGAACCGGUUAUCAACGACCAGCGGAUUGCUCAUGACGAUGAUGGGGCGUCGCAACUGGCUUCGACGUUUGAACGCUAUCAGAAGACGUUGGGGUCGGAGCAAAUGAGGAAAGUUAGCGAUAUAUAUGAGGAGCGUCUGUCACAGGUCGCAGAAACUUUACAGGGAUUCCUUGAUUUUCAGGAUACUCAAUUAACUCGGCUUUAUGCACACAAGCGAAAGAUUAGCGAAGUAACGGAAGAGCAAAUCAACACUCGGAAGAAGCUGAGAGCAGCAUUUGACCGACAUCAGGUUGUGCACAACCGGGUCUUAGCUUCUGGCUAAUGGUUAAACUUUCUCACAUAGAUGUCCGUCGCAACCUUAUUGGAUAUGUUUGAUAAGAACACCACAGCUAUCCUAAAACGCCUUCGCACCUUUGAUAAACACUUGAGUGAUCUGAGUUAGUGGCAUGAGACAUUCGAAUUCGCCCUUUGGCGAUUGAUUCACAUCUUCAGCGCCGACUUCACAGAGGUCCGGCAGACAGCAGAAACAGCGGAACUGUUGAGCAAAAUUCAGAAAGACGUUGCCUCGUUUAAGAAACAUGUGACCAAGCUAUCCAAGGUCUGACUUGGCAUUAUCUUCACAUUAACAUCAGACUGACGUUGGUUAACAUUGGUAAAACAGGAAAAUCGUGAUUUUGCGAGCAUGAAGCAGGUGAGCCUUUUUGUAAUUCUUCCGGCGAAUCGAAGGAUCAUAAAUGCGUAUGCCGUUGCAGUCAAUGAUGUCGCUGCUAACAUUCUGAGAGCCUGUUGGUAAUGAGCCUAUUAUCGACAUAGUGAGCCUAUGCUUGACAUAAUGUCGUCAUUCAAUGCAUGUAAAUGUUUUUUAGUGCCCAAUGAUUAAAUAACAGAAUUCUGCACUAUGCACACCAUCCCA